AUUUGACAGUUACGAUGAUGGUUUCAGGACGGUUGGGUAAGAAUUCGUGAUCAGUUGAUCCUCUACAACGGUUCAAACCCGAUAACUUGAUAAUUGAAAUAGAGUAAUCGACUAUUCUUAUUCCGUUCUUUCCAUACGCUAAAUCAAGCGCGUCUUGAAAGUGGUUAAAAUUUAGGAAUGGAUGGAGGAACAUCAAUGCUUCCUACAGAAUCGCCUACAGCUUCUGGGGGUUCUCUGAAUGAAGUGGCGAAAGCUAUAGGAUGUGCUCAUUAUAAGAGAAAGUCGAAAUUUGUGACACCCUGCUGCAACAAGGUGUACACUUGUCGUUUUUGUCAUGAUGAAAAAGAGGAUCAUUCUGUGAAUAGAAAAGAAGUAACAGAACUGAUUUGUACCCUUUGUGAUGUAAGGCAGCCAGUGCAGGCAAUAUGUCAGAACUGUGGUAUUCGUUUUGGCAAAUACACUUGUCUGGAGUGCAAUCUAUUCGACGAUGAAGAGAAGAGCCAGUUUCACUGUUCCGGUUGCGGAAUUUGCAGGAUAGGUGGCGCUGAAAAGUUUUUCCAUUGCGAGAAAUGCAACAUUUGCCUGCCUAUUAUGCUUCAGAAUGGCCAUAGGUGCGUUGAGAACGUAUCUAGAGGAAACUGUCCAGUGUGCUUGGAGGAUAUACAUACCUCAAGAAUUCCAAGUCACAUACCAAAGUGUGGACACUUGUUGCAUAGAACGUGCUUCGAGCAAUUGUUGAAAGCUGGACAUUAUGCCUGUCCUAUUUGCCAAACUUCCCUGAUGGACAUGGCACAGCUAUGGCAAUUUCUGGACAAUGAGAUUGCUCAUACACCGAUGCCUCAAGAGUGCAGAAAUUAUAGGGUGAUGAUUCUUUGCAAGGAUUGUCAUAAGAAAGGAUCUGUGAAGUUCCAUCUGAUUGGUUUCAAAUGCAUACAUUGUGGAUCUUAUAACACCUGCAGGAUAACAGCACCUACCACUCCUCCAGAAUCUGACACAGAAGGCUAAAAGAUGGGAAGGUUGUUAUUUUAUCGAUGAUGUCUUCAAGUCUUGUGAAGGAUUAUGUGCGAUUUUCAUUGUUAUGUAUGAAAUAUUAAGGGUAGCUUUAGAAUGCUAUAUGUUUUUAUGUGACCAACCACAAUAUAGUAUUCCUUCUUUAGCAGAAGACUGAAAAUUGGCUAACAAAGUUUUACAGUAUUUUCUACGACGCUUGUUUAUUGAAAUUUUAAAAGUAUUAUUUCCUCAAUCCCAAUUUCGGAUAAGGAUAGUUACCUUUGCAGCUUUUGAAAUGUUAUGAACAAAUUUCAUUUAGAAUGUAACGUUAGGUCUGUCAUUAUUUUAUUGUUGAAUGAUUUUUUGAGAUGAUUAAUAAAAUUCGAUAUAAAAA